CAAACAUGGCGGCGGCCUUGGAAAAUGAAUUGGAUACAUUGGAUAACGAUGAUUAUUAUUCUUUACUCAAUGUCAGGCGAGAGGCGACACAAGAAGAGUUGAAGGCUUCAUAUCGAAGGCUGUGCAUGCUCUACCACCCCGACAAGCACAGAGACCCUGAGCUUAAGCGACAGGCGGAACAACUGUUUAAUCUAGUGCACCAAGCCUAUGAAGUUCUCAGUGAUCCUCAAUCCAGAGCCAUUUAUGACAUAUUUGGGAAAAGAGGGCUUGAAGUUGAAGGAUGGGAGGUGGUUGAGAGGAAGAGAACGCCAGCAGAGAUUCGGGAGGAAUACGAGCGGCUGCAGAGAGAGAGAGACGAGAGGAGGCUACAGCAGAGGACCAACCCAAAGGGAACCAUAAGUGUAGGAGUGGACGCCACCGACCUGUUUGACCGCUAUGAGGAGGAUUUCGAGGACAUGCCGGGCGGAGGGUUCCCCCACAUUGAAAUCAACCGGAUGCACAUAUCACAGUCUAUUGAGGCACCCUUAACAGCUAAGGACACAGCGGUCUUGGCAGGGUCUCUCUCCACACACAAUGGAAAUGGAGGCGGCAACAUCAACUUAUCCUUACGGCGCGUCACUUCUGCCAGAGGCUGGGGGGAGAUUGAAUUUGGCGCCGGUGAUACACGCGGACCCACGUUUGGAAUGAAAGUCUUCCGCAACGUCACUCAACGCUGCUUUGUGACUGCUCAGUGUGGGCUGCAGUUCUCCUCCCGCGGGGUCCGGCCCAGUGCCAGUACCAUGUGGGCGCGACACCUUGACCAGAACACCAUGGGCUACCUGCAGUGGCGCUGGGGCACCCAGUCCGCCAUGACCACCAGCAUUGUCAGAGACACCAAGACCAGCCACUUCACCUUGGCUCUGCAGCUUGGAGUGCCACACUCUUACCUGAUGACGAGCUACCAAUACAAGUUUCAAGAUGAGGACCAAACCAAGAUCAAAGGGUCUCUGAAGACGGGUUUCUUUGGAACAGUGGUGGAGUACGGGGCAGAACGCAAGAUCAGUCAGCACAGUGUGCUCGCAGCUACGGUCAGCAUUGGAGUCCCACAGGGCGUCUCACUCAAACUCAGGCUGAACAGGGCCAGUCAGACCUACCUCUUCCCCAUCCACCUGACAGAUCAGCUACUGCCCAGUGCUGUCUUCUAUGCCACUGUGGGACCGCUGGUCAUCUACCUGGCUGUGCAGAAGCUGGUCAUCACACCAUAUUUGCAAUCACAGAAGGAACAGGAGCUGGAGAUGCAGAGGGUAAACUCUGCGUCAGACAUUGCCAAGAAGAAGCAAGAGGCCGAGUCUGCCGUUCUGCUGAUGCAGGAGUCCGUGAAGAGAAUCAUUGAGGCCGAGGAGUCAAAGAUGGGUCUCAUCAUCCUCAACGCUUGGUAUGGCAAGUUUGUGACGGACAACAGCCGAAAGAAUGAGAGGGCAAAGGUCAUUGAUGUGACCGUCCCUCUCCAGUGUUUAGUGAAAGACUCCAAACUCAUCCUCACAGAAGCCUCUAAGGCUGGCCUGCCAGGGUUCUAUGACCCAUGCGUGGGGGAAGAGAAGAGCUUGAAGUUGCUGUACCAGUUCCGGGGUGCCAUACACCAGGUUCUGUCUGGGGACAUGGAAUCCCUCAGGAUACCCAAACAAUCACACAGGAUAGAGGCAGAAACAUAGGGGCCUUCCGCAGACAGCUGGGUUGACCAAUCCCACACAUGGAGGGUAGUGGAUGGGCCCAGGCCACAGGGGCCCAAUCUGGGCCCAAGCCUCACCCUCCCCCCUCCUCCUCCUCCUCCUUCUUCACCUCAUCUUGUUCGUUCUUCAGCUACUGUAUGUGCCGCCUCAUCUGUUCUUUCAUACCUCCAUCAGUCAGGAAAAAAUGAAAUCCCAACCGACUCCCAGACGCCCACAGAGGCCAAGAAGCCAUGCAUCGCAGAGAUAUUGGUUCUUUUUUUUAAUUUUAAUUAUUAUUUUAACCACUAAAAUGAUGCAUCGAUUUGCACUUUCUUUGCCCCUCCCUAUGAAAGGCCCAAAGCAUAGUUAAUAGUCACCUCAAGGGAGUAAUUUAGCUGUAUGGGGUAUUCCAGUCCCUCCAUGUUGAUGCCUCCUCAGAACAUGUGGUUAUGAUCUACGUAAAGCAUUGUAUUUUAAUGGGGAAGCCUACACCAUUCUAAAAAGAGGACAUAAGAAUAAGAUAGGUCUGAGAUGUUAUCAUCUCCCAGACACUGUUGUGGCCUGCAAGCUGAUGAGGGAGGCUAUGAUCUACAUUGACCGUUGUCAGAUGUGGUGAUGCACACACACCACGCGGUUCCGAGUACAAAUAUAUUAGUCAUGUGUUGAACAUGACAGUGCCUCCCAAUCAAAGUUCCGUAAUUGUCUGAAUAACGCUUAAACGAUCAAUAUCAUUGAUCUUUUGGACUAGCAUGUGGAUCUGCCACCAUUUAGUUUAGAAAAUGUACAGGGCCUGGUGCUAAAUGGUUCAGUUAAGGGACAUUCAUCCACCCUCAUUUUUGUACCUAGUAGUAGAUAUUUAUUGUCAGAUGUAACCUCAUGUCAGAAGAAAUAUACACGCUUAUUUGUCGUCACUCAUGAAGAUAAGAUAGAGACCACACUAACAGGCAAUGAAGUCUCCUUAGUAGAUGAUAUGAUUCUGUUGGUACUCCAACCAUUGCCUUGUCUGCUGCUAAGUAUUAUUUGUGUGUGUGUGUGUGUGUGUGGUGUGUACGUGAGUGAGAGAGCGAGCCAGGGUUAGCCUACAUAAGCUUUAUAUCUUACAUUCUAGGUGAACAUUAUCUAAAUUCAGUAAGAGAGUAGCGUGGUGAUGUGUAAGAAGCUGGGUUAAAGUUCUGAGUUGCGGUUUGUUGCUUGUUCACCGACCAAAUGAAUGACGAUUCACACGGAGAAGAGCACCGGUGGUGGCAAAAGGUUAAGAGACCAGCGAGAAAAUGUUUGGAUACAUUACAUGCAGUCAUUUUUAAUUUACUUCAAUGUCAUAGUACCAUCUUGUUGAGGCCUUCAUUUAGUAUGGCUGUUGAAAGAGCUGGGGCAUGUGGUACGCUGAACUCGACAUUAGCAUGUAGUUCCCUCAGAUACGUACUGUAGUUCACUUCCUCCAAGUGAAAUUUAGCAACUCUCCAUUAUUGUUGCUAAAACACACGACUCUCCUUUGUUUUGUGAUUAAAAUUUGUCUUUGUGUCUUGUAAGUGCCAUACCUUGUUUUCUCCUGCAGUUCGUCAGUUCAGGAGGCCUCUCUGGUGUUAUUUUACAAAGUCUGUUUGUCUUCUGUUGUGUAUCUCUUCAUGAGAUUGAGCCACACUAGUGUGUUUUCUGUUGUUUGAAAUGUGAAAUUAGGUCACAUGGACCUACUAUACGAUACUAAGAGGGAACAUAUAGAAAUAGAUAAUCCAUUUAAGUCAGCCAGUUUGCUUUCAUUCAGUUGAGAUGAAUGAACUUGACUAAACUAAAGCAAUUCAUGGAAAUGAAUGAGUUUUAUUUUGCUGUGCUCUAAGAAUGUGAACAAUGUCCUGGGGUCAGUGUGGAUGUGUCUCCAAAAUGCAAUAACCCUCAUUAGUCAUUACUGCACUGCUGCCGGUCACUAUUCAAUCGAGUUGUGUUCUUCUACUGAUACUAGGGCCAGUCCUUGAUAUUCAGUCUACAGAACACUAUUGGAACUUGAUGGCAAGUGACCCGAUACAGUUGCAGCCUUAAAACAGUAAGGCGGUGAUGGUUACGAGUGAUCCCACGUGUACCAAACUUAUGUAUCUGUUAACGCAUGCAUCCCUACUGUGUUGUGUUAGCGUCAAAACCUGUUUUAUCCCACAUCGACCCCUCAUCCUGGAACACCAAUACACACCAUGCAUCGGAAAGUGGAGGGGAUCCUCUGACCCGCGGCCCACCUGAGGUGCAAACUGGACUACUCCUGACAUUACUGUUACAUGGUAGCGUUCAGUCGUUUUAAAAACAUUAAAACAUCUCAAACUG